AUGCCUCGGAUGCGCCUUACCAGGCGAGACCCAAGUUCGACCCCAUUGCCCUACACGGCAUCUCCACUGCUCCUACUCUGUCGCGAUAUCCUCUUGUUUGUGAAAUAUGCCUGGACGCUCCCGGGCAUCCUGUUGCCACUCCGUCUCGGCAGGACGACUCCGUUGGACGAGCUGUAUCCGUCGUGGCGGAGUCUGGUCUCAUUUUCCGCCCAAGUGUUCUUGACCAUCAGUCAGGUUCUUUUUCUCAUUUCGAUUCCAUUCACGAUCAUCUUGCUGUUGCCAGCAGUAUGGAUCUUUGCUUAUAUAUUUGCCGGAAUAGCAAUUAACUUCGCUAUCUGCAUGCUUGUUUUGAAUGGGCCCGAGAGGGUUUUGGUCUCCCGGGUUCCGGUGCCCAGUCGUCCAGAGCAUGAACACGAGCGGUGGUUUUUUAUUAACGGAGUGGCAAACAGUAAAUUUUGGUUGCAGAAUAACAUCGAUCAGCUGUCAUACUCUUUUGGGCGCAAGAUCACGGCGAUACAUAAUCGCACGGCUGGCUUGGUCUUUGACUUGAUUGAAUGUCUGAUUCAACGAGGCUUCGCCUACGCGACAGGCGACGUACGAAGGGCGUAUGUUCUGCUCAAGCAGGAACUGUUGAAUCCUGACUGUCACAAGGUGGUGAUAAUACUCCAUAGCCAAGGCGGAAUAGAAGGUAGCCUGGUCAUCGACUGGCUCCUCGACGAGCUGCCCCAAGACCUCCUCACGAAGUUAGAGGUAUACACUUUCGGGAACGCCGCGAAUCACUUCAACAAUCCGCGCCAGUCUUCCUUUUGCCAGCCCGUCACCCGAUCUAUUCGCCAUAUUGAACACUAUGCCAACUAUGGCGAUGCAGUGUCUCACCUUGGAGUGCUUCACUUCACAUAUGUUCCAAAUCGCUAUCUAGGAAGCCUGUUUAUCCGCCCAGGCACUGGACAUAUGAUGAAUCAGCACUAUCUUGACACCAUGUUCACACUGGGGUCUGACCUCAGAGUGCUAGAGUCAAACCCGUUCAUGGACAUGGAAGUCGAUGUGAAAAGAGUCGAUCUUUCGGUCGAACAUGACGGACACCGAGAUAUGACUUUGCUGCCUGUUCCAGACCGGGAAGUACGGAGUCUAGGAUUAGAUCAAGGACAGAAUAAAUCCCCACAGAUUUUGCGUGUCAAGGACUUCAGUCGCCUUUGGCAAUACCGGAAUGGGGGAUCCCCAGAUGUCAUUCACAGGCAAUGA